AUAAUGAUACUGAGCCUCAACCAAACACUGGUGACCAAGUUUGUACUUCAAGGAUUCUCAGAGCAUCCAAGUCUACAAUUGUUGCUGCUUAGCUGCUUCCUAUUCCUCUAUACCACAGCCUUCAUGGGCAACACUAUAGUCAUUGCUGUAGUCAGCUACAGUACCAGACUCCACAGCCCCAUGUACUUUUUUCUAUGCAACCUGGCCACCAUGGACAUAAUCUGUACCUCCUCUGUGCUACCCAAAGCAAUGGUUGGACUAACCUUUAAGGAAAAUACCAUCUCUUUCCAGGGGUGUAUGGCUCAGCUCUUCUUCCUUGUCUGGUCUACAUCCUCUGAGUUGCUGCUGCUCACAGUCAUGGCCUAUGAUCGUUAUGUGGCCAUCUGCUUUCCUUUACACUACAGCUCUAGGAUGAGUCCACAUCUAUGUGGGGCCCUAGCCAUGGGUGUGUGGACCAUCUGUGCACUGAAUGCUUCCAUCAACACAGUUCUGAUGAUACGGCUGUCAUUCUGUGGUCCCAAGGUCAUCACCCACUUCUUCUGUGAGGUUCCCCCCCUUUUGCUGCUAUCCUGCAGCCCCACUCAUGUGAACAGCAUCAUGACUCUUGUGGCAGAUGCUUUCUAUGGAGGCAUCAACUUCCUGUUUACCCUGCUGUCCUAUGGCUGCAUCAUCACCAGCAUCCUGCGUAUGCGCUCUGCUGAAGGGAAACGGAACGCCUUCUCCACCUGCUCUUCUCACCUCAUUGUGGUUUCUGUGUACUACUCGUCUGUGUUCUGUGCCUAUAUCAGUCCUGCUUCCAGCUACAGUCCAGAGAGAAGUAAAGUGUCUGCAGUGCUGUACUCAGUCUUGAGCCCCACCCUGAACCCCCUCAUCUACACACUGAGGAACAAGGAGGUCAAGCAGGCAUUGGGGAGACUCUUGUUCUUUAUCUGA